AUGGGGAAAUCCAAAAAACGUUCCCGAUCAAGUUCAGUGGAAAGUAGACCCCCCAAGCUAUCUAAGAAAGAUUUACAAUGCCAAAUUGAAGCCAUCGCCAAGAGCGUCCAGGAGCUUUUAAAAGCGCAACAGGAUUUGCAGGCUACAGUUAACAAAACUGCAGAGCAGAAUAAAGUGGAGGUCAAUAUUUCCAACAAGGAAAAUUUAGAACCCAAUAAGGGGACUGGAGCUUUGACAAAUGCGGUCAUAGCCGAAGAUUCGCAGGGUAAAGACACCCAGUCUGACAUAAAGGUUUUGGAGGACGGAGAGGUUCCUGAAGAGGCUUCAAUGGUGGACGAGCUCGAUUUGGACGAUGAACUUCGUGAAGUGCUUGGGGAAGAGAUCCCGAACACGAAUACAUCAGUCAAGGUAAAUGACAGCCUGAAAAGAUGGUGGGAGACUUGGAUGUCAAAGGGUUUAACUGAAGAGGUUAAAAAAGCUCUACUAAAGAAAUAUGUUCGAGAUGGAGAAUUCCGAACUGAAGCACCCAAGGUUAACCUUGAAAUUCAGCGUCACUUGACUGAGAUCGCGAAGAAACGUGAUGAUCACUUUACUGACACACAAAAUUGUGUAGGGUCAGCAUUAUCGUCUUUAAGCUCAGCUAUAUCUCUGUUGUCAGAUAGCUCAUCAGAGGAGAUCGAUCAAAUUACUUUGACGAAAUAUCUCUGGGACACUGGAAAAAUCUUGAGUGAUGUUUUCCACCAACAGUCAAUAGCGAGGAAAUCAUUUAUUACUCCGACUCUAGAUAAGGACAUAAAAUCUACUCUAGAGGCUAGUAUCCCAGACGAAUGGCUUUAUGGUCAGAAACUUAAUGACCAGGUUAAAGAUGCAAAGGCCAUCGUCAAAGCGGCUGCAUCUUUAAAACCUUCUGAAAAACCAGCUGUCAAGAAACAGGCAUCCAGGACUGCGUCUCUGGGAAACUUGAGAGGCCCACCUGCGAGGUUCAGGCAGGUGGGCAACUAUCAGCAGAGAAGAUUCUUCUCAAACACGAGAUACAAGCCGAGAUCCACGGCAGGGACGUCGAAGCCCCCACUGAAGCCCAACUCAGAGAAGAACAGAAAUAUUCCCUUUAAAUCCCAACCCAUACAACUUGUAGAACCCAGUGAACCUGUAAGGUCUCCGAGUGAUGAAGUACGGGUCCAGCAAGCUGUCGGUAAACUUUUGAAAAAGGGGGCUAUCGAGCCUUGCUCAGAUAUUGAGGGUCAGUUUAUAUCAUCGUAUUUCCUAGUACCAAAAGCAGAUGGAUCGGAUCGUUUUAUUAUUAAUUUAAAGCAAUUAAAUGAGUUCAUUGAGACAUAUCACUUCAAAAUGGAGGACCUGAGAUCCGCUAGAGAUCUCAUUGAUAAGGGCGCGUUCAUGGCUAACCUAGACUUGGAGGAUGCGUAUUUCCUGGUCCGGAUAAAAAGAUCCUCUAGGAAAUACCUUAGAUUCAGAUUUGAGGGCCAGCUUUAUCAAUUCGUGUGUCUACCCUUUGGCUUGUGUUCUAGUCCUCAUACAUUUACAAAAAUAAUGAAACCGGUGGUUAAUAAACUUAGGUCAAAAGGUUUUUUAUCGGUAGUAUAUCUCGAUGAUUUUCUAUGUGUAGGCAAAGAUUACGAAGCUUGUAGGAAUAAUGUGCAGAGUACGAUAGGCCUCUUAGAGGAACUUGGUUUUAUUAUUAACUAUCGUAAGAGUACGACGACUCCUAAUAGAAGGUGUAAAUAUCUAGGUUUUAUCUUGGACUCGGAGAAAUAUUGUGUAGAACCUACAAUCGAGAAGAGGGUAUAUAUUAGGAAGCUACUAGAUUCCAUAGGGUUGAAAGAACGGUUUAGGAUCAGAUUUAUAGCUCAAUUAAUUGGGGUACUGGUAGCAUGUAUUCCAGGCGUAGAGUAUGGCAGAGCAUAUUGCAAAAGAUUAGAAAGAGCUAAGUGGUUAGCUCUUACAUUGAAUAAUAAUGACUUUGAGGGUUUUAUGACAAUAAAGGAGGGCGUUUUGGAGGAUCUUCAAUGGUGGAGAGAUAAUAUAAUGAGCGCUAACAGCAGAAUAAAGUCUCACAAAUAUAGCAUAGUGAUAAGUUCAGAUGCUUCGAGGACAGGCUGGGGAGCGGAAGCUGGAGGUGUUGUUACAAGGGGUUUUUGGAAUCCAGAGGAUCAAAAACACCACAUUAAUUAUCUAGAACUUUUAGCAGCUUUCUUCGCUCUCAAAUGUUUUGCUCACGAGUUACGCGACUGCGAAGUCCUUCUUCGUAUAGAUAAUACAACAGCGAUCGCUUACGUCAAUAAAGCGGGCGGAAUUAGGCAUCCAAAGUUAUCAGAUCUAGCUAGAGAGAUUUGGCAAUGGUGUCAAUUAAGAGGGAUUUGGCCAAGGGCAGCAUAUAUUCCAUCGAAGCUGAAUGUAGAAGCAGAUGCCGCUUCCAGAGUAGAAAACCUGGACACGGAGUGGGAAUUAUCCAAAGAAGCCUUCCGAACCGUAUUGAACACUUUUGGUUUGCCUUCGAUUGAUCUCUUUGCGUCGCGUAUUAACAGGAAGUGCGUAAGAUUCUAUUCGCGCUAUCCAGACCCAGAUGCAGAAUCAGUAGAUGCGUUUACGGCAGGAGUGUCACCCCUUAGCGAACAAGUUGUCACUAGUGGUCGGGAAAUUAUCCGGCAAGCCUUCUUCACCAAGGGCAUCGGAGAGAAAUCAAUAGACAUCAUGCUCAGUUCAUUGUCGGAGUCAACGAUUAAGCAGUAUGAGGGAACAUUGAAGAAAUGGCUAGCUUUUACUCAAGCAAGGGAUAUCGAUGCCUUUGAUCCCCAGGGUACGGAGGUCAUCGAGUUUCUUACAGCACAGUUUAAUGAAGGGGCGAAGCAUGGCACUCUUAACUCUAUGCGGGCUGCUAUUUCUUUGAUUUCUAAAAACAACCUCUCAAAAGACUCCUUAUUAUCAAGGUUCAUCCGAGGAACCUUCAAGAAAAGACCAUCGCGACCGAAGUACUCCGAUACCUGGGAUACAGACCAGGUCCUGACAUAUAUUGAAAAAUUGGGAAACUUAGAUAACUUAAAAUUAAAAGAAUUAUCAGAGGUAGCAGUGACACUCCUUAUUCUCAUCACGGCACACAGAAUGCAGACUUUGUCCUUGAUAAAAACUGAAAAUAUCACUAAGACUGCUUCUGGAUUAAAAAUUAAGAUACCUGAUUUGAUUAAGACUUCAAGAAGAGGAAGAAGACUUGUGUAG